GUAUUAUUGAGACAGAGGAGAGGUAUCCAGAAGUAAUGUCAGGAAUUAGAGGUAUUUCAGAAGAGACAACUACUGGAGUUCACAACCUGUACAAGAUGAAGGCCAAUGGGACCCUGAAAGUGCCAGCUAUCAAUGUUAAUGACUCUGUCACCAAGAGCAAGUUUGAUAACCUUUAUGGCUGUAGAGAGUCCCUCAUUGAUGGGAUCAAACGUGCUACAGAUGUCAUGAUUGCUGGAAAAGUAGCGGUUGUGGCAGGUUAUGGUGAUGUGGGUAAAGGCUGUGCUCAGGCCCUGAGGAGCUUUGGAGCCAGAGUCAUCAUCACUGAAAUCGAUCCCAUCAACGCACUGCAGGCAGCCAUGGAAGGUUAUGAAGUUACAACCAUGGAGGAGGCCUGCAAAGAAGGCAAUAUCUUUGUUACCACUACUGGCUGCACUGACAUUGUUCAGGGCAGGCACUUUGAACAGAUGAAGGAUGAUGCCAUAGUGUGUAAUAUUGGCCAUUUUGAUGUAGAAGUUGAUGCCAAGUGGCUGAAUGAAAAUGCAGUAGAGGCGGUGAAUGUUAAACCUCAGGUAGAUCGUUAUACGCUGAGGAAUGGCCGUCAUAUUAUACUGCUAGCGGAGGGCCGACUGGUCAACUUGGGCUGUGCCAUGGGUCACCCCAGCUUUGUUAUGAGCAACUCCUUCACCAACCAGGUGCUGGCACAGAUUGAGCUGUGGACCAAUAGUGACAAAUACUCCAUUGGAGUAUAUUUCCUGCCAAAGAAG